AUGACUGCAGAAGAGGCCCACUUUCUUGAGAACAAGUCUAUAAUCGUUGCCGGAGCUGGCAUGGCCGGUUUGUCUUUUGCUAUUUCAUUACGCAAAAGAUGGAACCCAAAGGUUUCCCCUCCCAACAUAACAGUCUACGAUCGCGAUCCUAGACAUCCCGACCUCCAGAGGCAAGGCUACUCACUCGCCAUCAAUGGCAUGGAACAAGAUGGCGGGCUGCAGAUUCUCGAAAAGCUCGGCCUCCUGCACCGUGUUAUCGAGAAAGCAACACCAGGGACUGACAGUAUGUCUUUCAAGAUAUGGGAUAAGAACUGGAACGAGUUGAUUGCUGUCCCUGCCAUACCAUACGGGGACAUCCCUGUGGCGCGGUUGCGGAUUCUUAGAGCUAACUUAAGAGAAAUUAUGAUCGAAGAAGCUGAAAGUCUGGGAAUCAAUAUUUGUUGGCAGUCACAAUGUUUGGGUGUCGAGUUACAAGAUGAUCGACGCCUUUCGGUCACUGUUUCGCAGAAUAAGUCUGAACGCUUGAUCGACUGCGAUCUUUUGAUCGCCGCGGACGGUGCACACAGCAAAAUCAGAGCCUCACUUCGACCAGACGACCAGUUGAAUUGGUAG